GAAUACGCAGCAAUACGGGCGUCGAUUGGGUGCUCCGCGCGGCUCGCGGCUGGACGCUGCGGUGGGUCGCAUACAUACAGCGUCCUGCGGCUGAGCGGUUUGCAGCGCGACAGCGCGUGCGGCCGUCUGCUGAGGCUGGGAUGGCACGAUGCAGAUGCUCCUGACAAGCACCUAGCACACCGACCUGCUCUCUGCCUAUCGAUACCCCGCCACGGUCCGUCCGAGAGCGGCACAGAACCAGAGCACUUAGCGUCUCGAUAUUCGCCCCUUCGGCUCCGCUAGCUACAGGAGCGCCAUGUCCAGCGCAGGGUUGGGCGUCCAGGGCCCGGCACGCGAAUCACAACAUCCGCCGGAAGGCGCUUGGCGACGGCGAAUAUGCUGCGAGGCAGCCAAGGCGUGGGGAAAUGAAGUGCGAGCGAGAGAUGAGAUGCGACAGUUAUAUUGCCGUCGCUUGAUGCCAUCGCGACGGCCAGGCGACACGACCCGGCCAGCACGCGCUACGAGGUGGGCCCUCGGGCCCGCCAGAGCUUGCGACAGCGCCAGUCGUAAUAAUAGCAGGGCGAGUUGGCCGUGCAAUAUCUGGAGAGCAGACGUCGGCGUCGCACCAGAAAGCUCCAAGCGUGCUCCGUCGCUCCGCUCCUCUGCAGCGGGUCCUACUCGUAGCUGGAUGCAAGUGUUUGGACAGCUCGCCAUAUUAUUCCCACGCCACCCGUCCAAUAACGCGUCCGCAGAGGGACAGCGACGAUCAGCGCUGCGCGGGGCAAGAGCAUCCGACGCCGCCUUCCCAGAACGACCAUCUUGCACCACCAAGCUCAACUGCGGUCCCGUCUCGCUGCGGGCACAUCCCAUCCUUCCUGGGACCACGAUUAUCGCCGCCUGGGCCGCCCGCGUCGCUAGAUCGCCCAAGUGCCACCGAGGGCGCCGUCGACCGCCGACUUCCAAGCACCAAGGUCGUGGAACAAAGCCCGCAGAUCCAUCACGCUGGUUCCCAUCCGCAUGCCCUGCAACCUCCGCACGAGUUGAGCCUCGUUGCUGCACGCGGGAUAUUACUGCAGAAUGCGCUCGAUGCGAGCCUACUGACGUUGCCAGUGGAAGAUGGUACUGCGACUUGAAACAGCGCAUUUCAUCACCAGUUUCUUGCAUGUUACCUUCAUUGCAUUCAACCCUAGCGUGUGAGGGUCGCUAGGAUGUCCCGGUGACGUGAAGUGCGCCAUCGCGGACAGAUCCCGCCAUCUAUCACUCAGGGUCGCGCCGUUCUCUUUGCACACGGCCCUCGGCACUACACAAAUCUGCCGCAGAGGCUCUCAUGUACGCAACGCUUACGGCAGGACCUCCACCGCACGCGCUUUUCUCGCAACUGGUCGAGUUUUCGCAACCCCGAUCAUCCGACGCGUCUAUCAUCGGACUUGCACAUUAUCCGUGGCUACACAUGGACAAAACUUUCGUCGUUCUAGCACCUCAACGAGUAUCUCGCGAGUUCUCAUGACCAAGAGUAUUUCAU